AUGGAAUGUCCCUCCUCUCCUCAGAUCAAACCUGAUUACUUCUCACUCAUUCAGUUCCGCAGGUCAUGUCGAGUGGGGAAGUGUGUGGUAGUGAGAACACAAUGGCCCCCACUGUCCCGAGUCUUCACUACCAUAGCUGCUACUCGCCAAAUAACAGCAGCAGAACAACGGACCUCAGAGCCUAAACCAGUGUCAGAAGUUCCCGGACCUAGGGUGUACCCACUCCUUGGUUGUUUGCCUUCCAUAAUCUUUGACAAAUCCUUCAGUAGUAACAAGCUUCAUCUCUACUUUAAAAAGAUGAUAGAGAUUCACGGCCCUAUCAUUAAACUGACAGCGCCGUUCACACUGCCGAUGAUAUGCAUAACUAACCCAUACGACGCUGAGAACCUCGUACGAGCCACAAUGGACGCAUCACUCAGGCAGGGGUUCGACUCCUUGAAGAUGAUUAGACUGCAGACUGCAGACAGCUAUUUUGAAGGCAAAACUGGAAUAAUGACCGAGAAUGGCGAGGAGUGGUGGAGAGUACGCAGCCGAGUUCAGCCUUCUAUGAUGAGAGUCAAGGAGGUGGUGGCCUACCUGCCUGUCAUGGAUCAGAUUUCUUUGGAGUUCAUGGACAGAAUCGCAUUUCUGCAGUCACAGUUCGGAGAGAUGCCAAGUGACUUCCUAAAUGAGAUGUACAAGUGGGCUCUUGAAUCUGUUGGCAGCGUAGCCCUAAAUCGCCGACUGGGAUGUUUGGAUCCAAAUAUCGCACCGGACUCCGAACCCAUAAGGCUGAUCAGACUGGUAAAUCAGCUCUUUACUUCUCUGACUGAGGUAGAAUUCGGUCCUCAUCUGUGGAAGGUGUUCCCAACCCCAGCUUUCAGGAAACUCAAAAAGACUCACCAGGAAUUCCUUGAAAUUGCGGACAAAAACAUCCGAGAGACGGAGGCGGCGUUGCUGGCGCAGGAGCCUAGUGAUGACCGGGAACUGACACUGAUGGAGGGACUGCUCCUCAAGCCAGGACUCUCCCGCAAGGACGUGGUCACCCUCAUCCUCGACAUGCUCUUCGCUGGCGUUGAUACAACGUCACACACUCUGAGCUUCGUAAUGUACCUGCUGGCCAGACAUCCGGAGGUGCAGAUAAAAGUUCAAGAGGAGAUUGAUACAGUGCUCGGGGAUCACGAGGGUCCACUCACACACCAUCACCUGGCUAAGCUUCACUACCUCAAGGCUGUUGUUAAAGAAUCUAUGAGGCUUCUUCCUACAGUGAUGGGCAUAGCAAGAACUUUGGAUAAGGAACUUGUUAUCAGUGGAUAUUUAAUUCCUAAAGGGUGGUCAGUGAUGGUAGUUACCAUGCUAAUGGGUUUGGACGAAUCACUUUUCCCUCGAGCGAAGGAGUUCCUGCCGGAGCGUUGGAUGAGAGACAGGCCCCUGGGUCCCAUUCAUCCUUACUCCUUAUUUCCCUUCGGCGCUGGCACCAGGAUGUGCGUCGGUCGACGCAUCGCGGAACAGGAGAUGUACACCUUCCUUGUUAGGCUGAUGCAGCGCUUCACUGUUGAUUACAAGUAUGACGACAUUGAAGUUGUGUGUCGCCUACUGCUUAACUCUGCUAAACCACUCAAGUUUAGCUUCACUGAGCGGCGAUGAUUGACUACUGCGAGGGGUGCUGGACUACUGUGAGAGGUGCUGAUGGACUACUGUGAGAAAUGCUGAUGGACUACUGUGAGAGAUGCUGAUGGGCUACUGUGAGAGUUGCUGAUUUAACUACUGAGAGGUGCUGAUGGACUACUGUGAGAGGUGCUGAUGGACUACUGUGAGAGGUGCUGAUGGACUACUGUGAGAGGUGCUGAUGGACUACUGUGAGAGGUGCUGAUGGACUACUGUGAGAGGUGCUGAUGGACUACUGUGAGAGACGCCGCCUAACUACUGGGCGAGGCACUCUUUGAUAGCUACGAGAAUUGCUACGAUUUAUUUUUUUGCUCCCCUCUUUUGAUGAAAUUGUAUAUGGUGUGUUUUAUAUGGUAGGUGUAUCUCACAUGAUACAUUAUAUAGAUAUGUUUGUGAAAAAGUUCAACUCUCUUCCAUAAUAAAUCAAUUUCAAACUUGGAAUGAGUGGAAAUAACUUGUGUAACGGAAAACAAAAUAAUCCAGAAAAAUAAUUACUUGUAUAUUUGCAAAUAAAACUACUCUGAUAAAAUAAUACAUGUGAAACACUUGGAUACCUCUUUUAUGUAGAUUUUUUCCCAGUCAGUGACCUCUGUUCAAUAAAAAAAAUAAUUUUGAAGACGGUAGAAGUAUAGGUAAUUUUGAGGUGUUUAGUCCCUUGGCCUUGAAAGGUAAUCAUUUCCUUAGCUUUCAUAGAGCUUUCUAAAGCUUAUAUACCGGAGGCCAGAAGAGAGAUUCAGUAAUUGAAGACAUCAAGGUGGGCGGAACUCACUUGUGGAAGUUGGUCAGUACCCAAGAGUUUUGCUAGAGGUGGGCAGUAGACUUUUAGAAGAUAUCCUCAGUAUCAAGGUUCCAGGACGGUUCUAUGCCAGACAUGUAUCAUUGAAUUAAUGGUAUACAGCGCCAGCACAAAUGACGAAGUAAAACACGUGUACACACGUUACACAUGUGCUCUAUUUCAUCAACUUGUUGGUAUUCUAUUCAGCAAGUCAUGGAAUCUUGAUACUGUGUAUAUCUUCUAAUUAUGAUAAAAGAACUGUGGCUGAUAUAAUGUAAAUUAUAAAAGAAAAUGUCUUCAAACAAAAAUGACCCUCACAGGUUAAGCAUAUUCACUUAAUUGUCUAUUAUUUACUAUAUGUUUUAUGCGUAAAACCAAUUUUUCACAAU